CUUUUCCCUCCUACCUCUACCCCCCUCCCGUGAAGUUGUAUAAAACAACCAGCCCUUCUCCUCCACUCUUCACUAACUCCUCUCCAGCCAGAGCAGUAAGACAGCAGACUCAAUCAACAUGUCCUUCUCCAGCAGCAGCAGCUUCAUGUCCUCUGGUGGAUCCAUGAGGGGAGCAUCUAUGGGCUCCUCUCGCCUCUCCAUGUCUGGAGGUGGCAGCAUGGGAGGUGGCAGCCGCAUCAGUGGCAUGAGGGCUGGCAGUGUGUAUGGGGGUGCAGGUGGCUCUGGGGUGCGCAUCUCCAGUUCCAGUGCCUCCAGAUCCUUCUCUGCUGGCGGUGGUGGUGGUUUUGGCAUGGGUGGUGGUGGAGGUGGCUUCAACCUGUCUGAUGGCCUGGACCUGCACGUGUCUGCCAACGAGAAGGCCACCAUGCAGAACCUGAACGACCGUCUGGCCACCUACCUGGACAAGGUCCGCUCCCUGGAGAAGGCCAAUGCUGAUCUGGAGCACAAGAUCCGCAUGUUCCUGGAGGCCAAGACCUCCCCCACUGCUCGUGACUACAGUGCCUUCCAUCUCUCCAUCACCGAACUCCAAGGCAAGGUAUGUCCGUCAACUCAUUUACAACUACAGCACACCAUUAUGACUACUUUUACUUGUUUAUAAAGGCUGGGUUUUAUGGCCACUGAUAGCGGUUACCUUACUAUUGUGGAAGAGGAAGGGGAGUGCCAAUUACUCCCAGGCACAAGAUAAACACCACUACUUAGUAAGCCUUCACCAGUAACCCGAUAAUGUCUAGGACAAUAUCAUAAAUCUAGUUCAUGCCAUUACUGCAUUGAUGUUCUUAAAUGUAGCUUUAUUUUCUUUCAUUCCAUUGUGCACUGUGAAUGCAGUGUACGUAUCCCCAGGGUCAUUGAUCUCUGGUCCAUUGUCAGACAUACUAACACACCCAAAACUGCCUCAAAAUCAGAUCAAGUUUAUAGCUCCAUUCAUCCAUUCACUCCAGAUAAAACUGUUUCACUCCAAAACGUAAUUUUCUCUUUCAGAUCCAGGAUGCCACACGCAUCAACGGUGGAAUCUACCUCAGCAUUGACAAUGCCAAGCUGGCAGCAGAUGACUUCAGGGUCAAGUGAGUGACAUCAUGAAUGAUCACAAUAAAGAUGCAUCAAUCCAUACUGUCUUCAAUAGAUACAGUAUAUCUUUAGUGCAGUAAACAGAUGUGGUAUUCUCCAAACAAAGCUGUUUUGAUUUUGCUUAGGUAUGAGAACGAGCUGUCCAUGAGGCAAUCUGUCGAGGCCGACAUCAGUGGUCUGAGGAGGGUGCUGGACGAGCUGACCUUAGCUAGAUCUGACCUGGAGAUGCAGAUUGAGGGGCUGAGAGAGGAGUUGAUAUUCCUUAAGAAGAACCACGAGGAGGUAAGUCUGAGUGACUAUAGAUUUAGUCAUACAAAAGGAAGUGCUCAUCUUCAUUUACAUUUAGAUUUUACAUUUUAGUCAUUUAGCAGACACUCUUAUACAGUUAGUGAAUGCAUAAAUGUUUUUUUGUUUUUUAAAUAUAUUUGUAUAUACUGGCCCCCUGUGGGAAACAAACCCACAUCCCUGCCGGCCAAACCCUCCCCUACCUUGGACGUCGCUGGACCAAUUGUGCGCCGCCCAUGACUAUUAGUCAUCAGUUGAUUGGUGAAGAAAAUCGGCAAUGCCAUGCAUAAUGAGUAAUGCAUGACUGAGGUUGACCCAGACUAUCCAUGAUUCCUUUAGGAGCUGUUGUCCAUGCGUGCCCAGAUGAGCGGCCAGGUCCAUGUGGAGGUUGAUGCUGCACCACAGGAAGACCUCAGCAAGGUCAUGGCUGAGAUUCGUGAACACUAUGAGGCUGUCGCUGCCAAGAACAACAGAGAUCUGGAGGGCUGGUUCUUGUCCAAGGUAAGAAAUUGCAAGGUGGUGACUACAAGUGUUUCCCAUUAUAAAAAUGAUUGCAUAUUGUAGGUCCACAGUAUCUAAAAUGUCCCAUCAAUUAAAUAGUUCAUAUAAAAACAUUAUUUUGGAUGGUGUUUUCCACAGACCGAGGCGCUGAACAAGGAGGUCGCAAUUAGCACAGAAGUUAUCCAAACGUCCAGAUCUGAAAUCUCAGAAGUCAAACGUACGCUGCAGAGUCUUGAAAUCGAACUGCAAUCACAAAUGAGCAUGGUAAGACUGUUCAGAAAUUAUUUUGUUUACAUUUCUUGCUCAACUUCUUCCUGAUGUUUUGUUUUGCUCUUAAUUUCUCCCCAAUAGAAAUCAUCCAUGGAAAAUACCCUUGCAGAGACACAGAACCGUUACUCAAUGCAGCUGUCAGGUUAUCAGAUGCAGGUGACCAGCUUGGAGGAACAGUUGGUACAUCUCAGGGCUGACCUGGAACGCCAAGGCCAGGAAUACAAGAUGCUGCUGGACAUCAAGACCAGGCUGGAGAUGGAGAUCGCCGAGUACAGGAGGCUGCUGGACGGAGAGGCUAGCAGGUGAGCUUUGAGUCUCAUGCCUCAUGUGUUUCAAAUGGCAUAGACAUACAGUCAAAAACUGUCCUCAGAAUGAUGGAACCUAACAACAUUGUUUUUUUGCCCUUCAGCAUGUCAUCCUCAUCCUCAUCCUCAUCCACAACCACAAAAACACGCAAGGUGGUGACUAUUGUGGAGGAAGUGGUGGACGGCAAGGUGGUCAGCACCACCAGCUCCUCCGCCGCGGCAGUGGUUAAGUCCCUGUGAGAAACAUCUUGAACCAGAAACUUCACACCUCAGAACACCAUCUCUCUGAUGCCUGCUGUCAACCUUUCUCAAAGAGAUUAAGAAUAAACGUGUUCCGAAGUGUUGAAACUUACUUUUCAUGUCUUGGCAUUUUCUAAUUCAUCACAUCCACUUAAUACACAGUUUCCCAAGCAUGACCUCUUCAUCUAAACUCUGUUUGCCUUUCCUUUUGAUUUCAAUGUUUAACACUGACAUUUAAUUAGGCUAUAUGACAAAAAUACACUUUCACUUGCAAAAUAAUAUAAACUUGAAAAAUGUUUGACUAAAUAUUGGAGACUCAGCAAGAUGAUGGUGCAUGCACGAAGCAAAUACAUAGUGGGUCAUUUUCCACAACAACUAAGAGGGUUGAAGCGCAAGGCUAAACUUCUCAGCUGUUUUGGUCCCAUAGCUACCACGUUGUAGUAGCGUGAAGUUCACCCGUGCACAUGCGCAGAUACUCUGUGUUACUGUAUGAGAGCAAAGUCUUGCAUCGCAUUCAUCUCAAUAUAUACAGUUCAUCUCAAUAUAUACGGUUCAUCUCAAUAUAUACGGUUCAUCUCAAUAUAUACGGUGCUGUUUGUUGCAACAUCAUCUCGCUAAUUCUACCUUUAAUUGCACACACAAAACAUGUAUUUUAAGCGAAGCUCUUAUCAUAGGCUAUUAAAGCCCUUUGUACCCUAUAAAAGGCCUAACCCUAUAAACGUACAAUAAUUAUGUCUAGACUGCAGCAAACAAUGUAAUAUGUCUGCUCACUCCAUAAUAAUAAUUUUGGUGACAUACUAUAAAGUCAUGGGACACUAAAGAAACUGAUUAUAUCUGGUCAAUUGAAAGUCAAACAAAUUAAUGUAACCAUAGUAAUCAGUUGUUAAGUCUAAUUGCAGUCUCUUUGAAUAUUACCUUUGUCUAUUUAAUGUUGUGGGCAUUCAAAGACAAGUGUCAAUUAUUCAUAUAAGAUCUCCAUUUAUCAGCUGUGUUCUUUCCUUGUUGGAUUAAACAAUUAAAACCACAAACACUGUUUUGGAACUUCAGCCAACCCAGUGCUCUGGGCAUCCCUUGGCAGUCAGACAAAACAAACUAAUUAAGCUUACCCAAGUGACAAAGCAAAGCACAAACUGUAACUUGUAAACAAUGUCUCUCAAGGAAAAACAAACAAAAUACUUUAUGAACUAUUACAGAGAACUAUAAGACACACUGACCCAGUGGAUAACUUGAUUUACGAAUCAACAGUCUGAAAAACAAGUGUGGAAAUCCACUAUCUGCAACAAUCGACGAAAUCCACUAUCUGCAACAAUCGACGAAAUCCACUAUCUGCAACAAUUUACUUCUGGACUAACCAAAGCCAACAUUGUAGUCGGGCUGUAAAAUGUAGGUUAUAAUCAGAAUAAUCAGUUAAGUCCUGAAGGAAAUAGCAGCUUAAAGGUGUGGCCUAAUGCUGGAUGCUGCUGAAACUAUAGGUGCAGUGUAUGGACAAAGAGUGAAAGCCACGGCUCAUGUUCCCUAAACAAGGACCAGACCCUAUAUACAUACGUCAGUUGGAUCAGGUGUCAAACAGCUCGCUUGAGGAAAGAUUUUUCAAGACAAAACCAGCAGAAUACACCACCAGUGUUUUACGGUUCACAAUAUUCAGCAGUUGUUGUUCAGCAAUAUUCUGCAUUUAUUUUACCAAUGGGGAAACUCUGCAAUGGACUAUGGUGGUCUCCUUGAAAAUAAUAUUUGCAAGUUUGAGACAGUAAGCUUACUACCCAACAAUAGCUGAUGUACAAAUACAAAUAAAAUCUAAUAAACAGCAGUGAUUUGGGAGAUUGCGGUUAAUAGUGUUCUGUCACACAAUAGAACAUUGUACAGAGCUGCUGCAGGGCAGGCAGAGACAGAGGCAACUACCGAAGGUGAACUACAAAAUUAACUUAAAGUAUAAACUCACAUAAGGUUAGUCCUUAAUUUGAGGGCGUAAAGAGUCUUUAAUUUCAAAUAUAAUAAAGAUACAAACUAUAUAUAUAACAUAUGGAUAAGUGGCUAGCAACAAGUUUUACCACCAAGGGUACCUCAGUCUGUACUAGCUAGAAUUUUGGUUGUGCAAAAGGGUAUACUGGUUGACGUCUCUGUUCAGCUAUUACAUUCCACUUCUUGCCACUCCUGUCAUUUUCCAAAAGUCUUAGGCAAAUGACAGGAGUGGCAAGGAGUGGAAUAUUGGCUAAAAGGACUGGUACCCAGACUAGGGUAUACUUAGGAUUCCAUACACUUCUGAUUAUUCAUAGGCCCCUACCUACCUGCUUUACUGACAUGUUUGUUAUUUCUUCCCUGAGUUACCUGUCUUGGACUGUAUGGAUGGAAUUUUCCACACUCUCACCUGUGUAGAAACCUCAAACCCCCCUCUCCCUCCCUCAUUGUCUGGCAUAAAAGGAGCAGUGUCCAACCACUCUGCACUCACUCCUCUCCAGCCAGAGCAGUACAACAGCAGCCUCCGUCACCAUGACCUCCUUCUCAAACCGCAGCUUUGUGGCCUCUGGUGGAUCCAUGAGAAUGGGCUACCCUCGCUAUUCCGGUGGUAGCAUGGGAGGUGGACAUAUCAGCGCCAUGAGGGCCGGCAGCGUGUACGGGGGUGCAGGUGGCGCCGGGGUGCGCAUCUCCAAUGCCUCCAACACCUACUCUGCUGGUGGUGGUUUUGGCAUGGGUGGUGGGGCUGGUGGCUUCAACAUGUCUGACGCUGUCGAUGUGAAUGAGAACAAGAAAGCCACCAUGCAGAACCUGAACGACCGUCUGUCCACCUACCUGGACAAGGUCCGCUCCCUGGAGAAGGCCAACGCUGAUCUGGAGCAGAAGAUCUGCAUGUUCCUGGAGGCCAGGACCAAGACAGAAUCUCAUGACUGCACUGCCUUCAAGGUCACCAUCCAUGAACUCCAAGACAGGGUAAGGCCACCAAUUCCAGGCUUAGAUACUAUAAGAUUAACCUCUGGAAGGAAGUACUAUAUAGCAAAGAAGAAAACAUUGUAUAUUAGAAGACAGAUUAGUGUACAGUCUAUAUGGAAAUUAUAGGUCAGUUUAAAGCAAAAACACACUGGGUUUUUUCAAUGACAAACAGAAAAAUAAAAUUAUGUUCCAGAACAACGUAAUGGUUUAUGUAUUUUAAGGGUGUGGUUGUGGAGGGGUUCACUUAGUUUGUUUAGGAACGGGCAGUUGCUCAGGUUUGACUACUUGCCCCAAUAAUGCACAAUGUUUGUGAAUAUGAGCUACAUCAGCUCGAAGAGAUUCUAGACAAAGAUAAAGCAGAGUAGUUUCCUGUAAGGAGUUUUUUUUUCUUGUGUCUCGAGCCACACACAAACAGAGCUCCACAGAGGCAAAAAGUAUUCACUAAGGAUGAGGGUGCAUUUGGAAAGGGAGACUUCAAUAUUUAGCUAAAGAAUAAAUGUGAGCUACAUUUUCAUAUUUUAGUUCAGCUGUCAGUAUGUGCAUUAUAGCUAGUUUUGCUAACAAGCUUAAAAAAAGAAAAAUAUAUAUUUUGUCUUUAUCAGUUGCAUGUAAGCAGAUAGAUCAAUUGUUGUCCAGUGCAACCACAAAGCCUGCAUAGAAAUGCCUCUUUCACAUUCGAUAUUUCUUGUUUUUUGACCUAUAGUGAACUUCUUUAUUAACUUGCCAUCAGAUGAUCGCAGUUUUUUUUUAUCGCCAUUUUGCGCUCUGCUGUCUUCUAUUGUGGAGCUUUCACUCUGGUGAAGUUAUGGAGUUCUGUUCUCGUAAUGUUGGAUACACAACACCACAUCCACUACACAUGGCCAAACAAUGCUUCUGGUCCACAGAAUACUUUCUAUGUGAAAUCUGAUCUCAAUAAUCCACCCAAAACAUCAGAGACAUACCUCUGUGCCCUCUUUCAGAUCUUUGAUGCCACUCGUUUGAAUGGAGGAAUCUACCUGGCCAUUGACAACGCUAAGCUGGCCACAGAUGACUUUAAAACAAAGUGAGUCUGAAAAUAACUGAUACAGAACAACAGCAGGGUGGGACUAAAGGCCAUUUCAUGUUCUGCCUAGCCAGAUUAUUGUUAAAACAAAUUCUUACAAUAAUGUCGAAAUCAAUCAGUAAUUUAGACAAUAAACAUACAGUACAUAUGGCAGGAAAAAAAGCUCCUCUUUGCAGUGGUGUAAAGUACUUAAGUAAAAAUACUUUCAAGUAUUACUUACAGUACCUUCGGAAAGUAUUCAGACCCCUUGACUUUUUCCACAUUUUGUUACGUUACAGCCUUAUUCUAAAAUGGAUUCAAUUAAAUAAAAUCUGCAGCAAUCUACACACAAUACCCCAUAAUGACAAAGCGAAAAUUGGUUUUUUUGAAAUUUUAGCAAAUGUAUUACAAAUUAAAAACAGAAAUACCUUAUUUACAUAAGCAAUGAGACUCGAAAUUGAACUGAGGUGCAUCCUGAUUCCAUUGAUUAUCAUUGAGAUGUUUCUACAACUUGAUUGGACAUGAUUUGCAAAGGCACACACCUGUCUAUAUAAGGUCCCACAGUUGACAGUGCAUGUCAGAGCAAAAACCAAGCCAUGAGGUCGAAGGAAUUGUCCGUAGAGCUCCGAGACAGGAUUUUUCGAGGCACAGAUCUUGGGAAGGGUACCAAAAAAUGUCUGCAGCAUUGAAGGUCCCCAAGAACACAGUGGCCUCCAUCAUUCUUAAAUGGAAGAAGUUUGGAACCACCAAGACUCUUCCUAGAGCUGGCAGCCCAGCCAAACUGAGCAAUCGGGGGAGAAGGGUCUUGGUCAGGGAGGUGACCAAGAACCCGAUGGUCACUCUGACAGAGCUCCAGAGUUCCUCUGUGGAGAUGGGAGAAUCUUCUAGAAGGACAACCAUCUCUGCAGCACUCCACCAAUUAGGCCUUUAUGGUAGAGUGGCCAGAUGGAAGCCACUCCUCAGUAAAAGGCACAUGACAGCCCACUUGUAGUUUGCCAAAACGCACCUAAAGACUCUCAGACCAUGAGAAACAAGAUUCUCUGGUCUGAUGAAACCAAGAUUGAACUCUUUGGCCUGAAUGCCAAGCGUCACGUCUGGAGGAAACCUGGCACCAUCCCUAUGGUGAAGCAUGGUGGUGGCAGCAUCAUGCUGUGGGGGACGUUUUUCAGCGGCAGGGACUGGGAGACUAGUCAGGAUCGAGGUAAAGAUGAAUGGAGCAAAGUACAGAGAUCCUUGAUGAAAACCUGCUCCAGAGUGCUCAGGUCCUCAGACUGGGGUGAAGGUUCACCUUCUAACAGGACAACAACCCUAAGCACACAGCCAAGACAACGCAGGAGUGGCUUCGGGACAAGUCUCUGAAUGUCCUUGAGUGGCCCAGCCAGAGCCUGGACUUGAAUCCGAUCGAACGGCUCUGGAGAGAUCUGGAAAUAGCUGUGCAGCGACGCUCUCCAUCCAACCUGACUGAGCUUGAAAUUAUCUGCAGUGAAGAAUGGGAGAAACUCCCCAAAUACAUACCCAAGAAGACUCCAUGUUGUAAUCGCUGCCAAUGAUGCUUCAAAAAAGUACUAAGUAAAGGGUCUGAAUACUUAUGUAAAUGUGAUAUUUCUGUUUUUUAUUUGUAAUAAAUUAGCAAAACAAUCUAAACCGGUUGUUGCUUUGUCAUUAUGGGGUAUUGUGUGUAGAUUGAUGAGGAAAAAAACAAUCCAAUCCAUUUUAGAAUAAGGCUGUAACGUAAAAAAAAAUGUGGAAAAAGUCAAGGGGUCUGAAUACUUUCCGAAGGAACUGUAAGUAGUUUUUUUGGGUAUCUGUACUUUACUUUACUAUUUAUAUAUAUUUUUACAACUUUUACUUUUACUUCACUACAUUCUUAAAGAAAAUAAUUUACUUUUUACUCCAUAUAUUUUCCCUGACACCCAAAAGUACUCAUUACAUGUUGAAUGAUUAGCAGAAUGGGGAAAUGGUCGAAUUCACGCACAUCUCAAGAGAACACGUUGACAUCCCUACUGCCUCUGAUCUGACAGACUCACUAAACACAAAUGCAGCUUUUGUAAAUUAUGUCUGAGUGUUGGAGUGUGCCCAUGGCUAUCCAUAAAUUUAAAAAACAAGAAAAUGGUUCCGUCUGCUUUGCUUAAUAUAAGGAAUUUGAUACUUUACUUUUGAUACUUAAGUAUAUUUUAGCAGUUACAUUUACAUUUGAUACUUAAGUAUAUUUACAACCAAGUACUUUUAGACUUUUACUCAAGUAGUAUUUUACUGGGUGACUUUCACUUUUACUUGAGUAACUUUCUAUUAAGGUAUCUAUACUUUUACUCAAGUAUGACAAUUGGGUACUUUUUCCAUCACUGCCUCUUUGUUUGCAUGAAUGAUCAGUAACAUAAAAUAGCUGACAUGAACAAAGUUAGAACUAAGAACCUUGUUGAUGCAUUGAUGUUACAAAGGUAUGAGAAUGAGCUGGCUAUGAGGCAGACUGUGGAGGCCGACAUCAAUGGGCUGAGGAGGGUGCUGGACGAGCUGACCUUAGCCAGAUCUGACCUGGAGAUGCAGAUUGAGGGGCUGAGAGAGGAGUUGACCCACCUCAAGAUGAACCACGAGGAGGUGGGUUUGAUAAAGACCUCAAGCAGAGGCUAUGGGGUGAACAGUGUUAUGAUUAAACAUUAGGCUACUAUGUGAUGAUGAGGCACUGGAUUGAAUAUUGACCAGAUAUAUGUUAAUGCUUUCUUCCCAGGACCUCUUAGCCAUGCAUAAUCAGAUGAGCGGCCAGGUCAAUGUGGAGGUGGAUGCUGCACCACAGGAAGACCUCACCAAAGUCAUGGCUGAAAUCCGCGACCACUACGAGGCCGUCGCUAACAAGAACCGUAAAGAUCUGGAGGGCUGGUUCAAUGCCAAGGUAACACUGCAUCCUUUCUUUUUGGCCAGGGACAUGUUUAUGUUUUCCAGUUACAGUCUUCAGUGAAUGUAAUCAGUAAUGACCUCCUACGGUAUGCUGUCUUUCAUUCACAGUCAGAAGAAAUCAACAAUGUCGUGGCAGUCAGCACAGAGACCCUCCAAUCAUCCAGAUCUGAAAUCACUGAAGUUAAGCGCACACUGCAAAGUCUAGAAAUCGAACUCCAAUCCCAACUCAGCAUGGUGAGAUAAACUAAAAAUACAAAGUUGAAAAAUGCUAUACCUCUGCACUUACAUCCAGUCAUCUAUAAACGCUUCUCUCUCUCUCUCUCUCUCUCUCUCUCUCUCUCUCUCUCUCUCUCUCUCGCUCUCUCUCUCUCUCUCUCUCUCUCUCUCGCUCUCUCUCUCUCUCUCUCUCUCUCUCUCUUUCUCCCUUAUUCUUGUCUAAUAGAAAGCAUCCCUGGAAGGCACCCUGGCUGACACACAGAGCCGCUACGCCAAUAUGAUGGCCGGCUACCAGAGGCAGGUGACCAGCCUGGAGGACCAGCUUGGUCAUCUUCGCGCUGACCUGGACCGCCAGGGCCAACAGUACAGAAUGCUACUGGACAUCAAGACCAGGCUGGAGAUGGAGAUCGCUGAGUACAGGAGGCUGCUGGACGGAGAGUUUUCCAGGUUAGCCUGGAUCUUUACAUAAAUCAUUGAAAAAGAAUGAAGGUCAUGAAAUGUGUGCCAAAAAUAAUUGAGCCAAAGUAGGCCUUUCUAACAAUAUUGUCUCUGCCCCCACAGUCCCUCAACCGCCACCACCACCAAGACCUUUUUGCAGAAGGUGGUGACCUAUGUGCAGGAGAUUGUUGACGGUGAGGUGGUCAGCACCAACUCAGACACUGUGCAAGAGACCGUGGAUGAGGAUACAUCUUGAAUUGGGAGCCACACAGAACAGAACACAAGCUCUCUGAUGCCUGCUGUCAAACUUGCUCAGAGAGAUUAAGAAAUAAAAGUGUUCCGAUGUGUUCAAACUACAUUUAUGUCUCUUGUGCUUUCUUUAUAUAUAUUUUUUUACAUCAAAACUGUUUCCUAUAAAGUAGUGACAAUUUUUGACAGCUGUGGUUGCCACAGAGAUGGUCACCAAUUCUAAAACGUUGUCACAAACACAACGUUUCUUCCCCUUGGUAAAUUCUUGCCAUUUACUAUUAUUAAAGGCCCAGUGCAGUUAAAAUAAGAUUUUCCUGUGUUUUAUCUAUAUUUCCACACUGUGUUUGGAAUAAUACUGUGAAAUUGUGAAAAUGAUUAUAAUGCCCUUUUAGUGUAAGAGCUGUUUGAAAAGGCUGCCUAAAAUUUCAGGAUGUUUUGGUGGGAUGGAGUUUUGGCCUGCCUGGUGACAUCACUAAUAAUUAGUUAUCAGAUCAUUAUACAAAGAUGGGUCUAAUCCUGAAUGCUGAUUGGUUAAAACUGCAUUCCAGCUAGUGUCUAUUCCACAAGUACCACCGGCUAAAUCUAUGACGUUACCACCGGCUAAAUCUGUUCCAUCUGACUGCACAAUCCACUGUCUCAUCAGCCCAGCCAAGCAAUUUAUAAACUUGAUCUCUACUAUAAAAAGCAUCUAGACAUUAUAUCACAUUUCUUUUAGACUAACAUUUAGUUUUCAACAGCGGAGAUUUGUAUAAACCUUGCAGUCUGUCUCUCCGAUAUUUGUAAAAUUGUUUCAAUAUUCAAAUUCAAUCUCCAGCUGUCCCAUAGUAAUGAACGUGUCGGGAGUCGGGAUGAGACAGACAGGCAGGCAGCGUUUCUCACCCAGUCGAAAUCAUGAAUCAGCUGGCAUCAUUUUUAUGGAUAUAUACAAAGAAAUGUAAAUUGAAAAAGGUCAAACGAAACUAAGUGCAGCUAGUUUGCAGUCUUUCCAGCUUCAGUUUGAAGUGAUUGUGUUAGCUGUGUUGUUGGCUAGCUCCUCUGAACAACAGUGUCCUGAUGAGUGAGCACAUUUUCUAUGCCAGGUGAAAUCGCGCCUCAUUAGCUCAUUAUUAUAGAUGUGUCCAAAUAAAUGUCACUAGAAAACAGCUUAAACAAAUGCAAAUGCAGCUACUUUGCUGUUAUUCUGGCUGCAAUUUUUGAUGUGUCUGUAAGUUAGCCGUAGUUGGCUAGCUAGCAAGCAAGGGAUAAGAACAUUGCCAGCUAGCAUGCCAAUGGAACAUUUAGAACGAACGACUGGGUCGCAUCCAUAGAUACAGAACAAAAAUACUGAACGACUGGGUCACGUCUCUAGCAACCGAACCGAUAGAACGAACGACCAGCCGGCUUGGGUAGCAAGCCUAGAUUUGUGUUGGGACUAUAUCUUGUGGAAGGAUGAAAUAGUAUGAAUAAAUUAAAUCAAAAUAAUGUUUUUAAUGAAAAUGUGUCAAUCAUUAUUUGAAUAUGUCGGUAACCCGUUGUAUAAAAGUGACAAUGCCCUUGAAGCCGGUGUUUGUAGGAUAUAUUGGCAGAGUGAAGGAAAAGCAGCCAACAACUGCUCAGCAUAUGUGGGAACUCCUUCAAGACUGUUGGAAAAGCAUUCCAGGUGAAGCUGGUUGAGAGAAUGCCAAGAGUGUGCAAAGCUGUCAUCAAGGCAAAGGGUGGCUACUUUGAAGAAUCUAAAAUCUAAAAUAUAUUUUGAUUUGUUUAACACUUUUUGGUUACAUAGUGUUGAUGUCUUCACUAUUAUUCUACAAUGUAGAAAAUAGUAAAAAUAAAGAAAAACCCUUGAAUGAGUAGGUGUGUCCAAACCUUUGACUGGUACUGUAUAUCAAUCAUAAUAUUUUGUGAAUUAGGCCAUAAAUCAAUCAGGAAGGCCACCAAAAAUUCUGAAAUUUCCAUCCCCAACUACAACAUUUUCCGUCUAGAUAGAACUGCCAAAGGGGGUGGAGUUGCAAUCUACUGUAGAGAUAGCCUGCAGAGCUCUAUCAUACUAUCCAGGUCUGUGCCCAAACAGUUUGAGCUUCUACUUCUAAAAAUCCACCUUUCCAGAAAUAAGUCUCUCACUGUUGCCGCUUGCUACAGACCCCCCUCAGCCCCCAGCUGUGCCCUGGACACCAUAUGUGAACUGAUUGCCCCCCAUUUAUCCUCUGAGUUUGUACUGCUUGGUGACCUAAAUUGGGAUAUGCUUAAUACCCCAGCCAUCCUACAAUCCAAGCUAGAUGCCCUCAACCUCACGCAAAUUAUCAACGAACCUACCAGGUACAACCCUAAAUCCUUAAACAUAGGUACCCUCAUAGAUAUCAUCCUGACUAACAUACCCUCUAAAUACACCUCAGCUGUCUUCAACCAGGAUCUCAGCGAUCACUGCCUUAUUGCCUGCGUCCGUAACGGGUCCGCGGUCAAACAACCACCCCUCAUCACUGUCAAACGCUCCCUAAAACACUUUAGCGAGGAGGCCUUCCUAAUUGACCUGGCCCAGGUAUCCUGGAUGGAUAUAGAUCUCAUUCCGUCAGUAGAGGAUGCCUGGUUGUUCCUUAAAAGUAAUUUCCUCUCAAUCUUAAAUAAACAUGCCCUUUCAAAAAAUACAGAACUAAGAACCGAUAUAGCCCCUGGUUCUCCUCAGACUUGACUGCCCUUGACCAGCACAAAAACAUCCUGUGGCGUACAGCAUUAGCAUCAAAUAGCCCCCGCGAUAUGCAACUUUUCAGGGAAGUUAGGAACCAAUAUACACAAGCAGUCAGGAAAGCAAAGGCUAACUUUUUCAAACAGAAAUUUGCAUCCUGUAGCACUAACUCCAAAAAGUUUUGGGACACUGUAAAGUCCAUGGAGAAUAAGAGCACUUCCUCCCCAGCUGCCCACUGCACUGAGGCUAGGAAACACUAUCACCACCGAUAAAUCUACAAUAAUCGAGAAUUUCAACAAGCAUUUUGCUACAGCUGGCCAUGCUUUCCAUCUGGCUACCACUAACCCGGCCACCAACUCUGCACCCUCUGCUGCAAACUUGCCCAUGCCCCCCCCGCUUCUCCUUCACACAAAUUCAGACAGCUGAUGUUUUGAAAGCGCUGCAAAAUCUGGACCCCUACAAAUCAGCUGGGCUAGACAAUCUGGACCCUUUCUUCCUAAAACUAGCCGCCGAAAUUGUCGCAACCCCUUUUACUAUCUGUUCAAAACCCCCCUUUUAUAACCCUGGAUCCCCCAAAAUUGGAAAACUCCGCGGUCACCCCCUCUUCAAAGGGGUGACACUCUAAAACCAAACUGCUAAGACCUAUAUCCCUCCUGCCCUGCCUUUCGAAAGUAUUUGAAAACCCAAAUUAAUAAACGAUCCGACCAUUUCGAAUACCCCGUACCCUUUUCCCUAGCAAACUGGUUUUUCCCAUGGUCAGGGGGCACUUUACCCCGCUCAAAGGGCCUAACGAAUUUAUAACCCCGAUUGUAAUGACCGAGUGCAGCCGUCUUCAUCGCCGGCCAAGGCUUUCGCUCUUCACCACCGCAUUCUUUUGCAGACUAAUACCUUGGUUUCUCAAAAAGCGCCCCGCCUGGUUUCCCCCCAAAUACUUUCAGAUGAGUUUGUAAUAGCUGGUUUUGGAUGUCCCCAUGGACCAUAAUUAAAACGAAAUGGUUCCGAUGCUUUGUUUAAUUGGUUUGAAUACUUUUGUUGUUUUUCGUUACUUUAAUUGAAUGUUUUUAACCAAGUACUUUUUUGUUUCCGGACUGGUUUUUCUUUCGAGUAACUUUUUUUAAGGAUCUUACUGUACUCAUACAAUGGGUUUUCCUCACGCUUUGGGUUUGCAAUAUCGAACUUAGCGACUGACCUUGGAAACUGGAUGCAUGAUGUUAAAGGUUUGGUUCUGUUUUAGUGGGCAGAGUGAGGAAUAAUUUUUCAUAUUAGGCCCUCUUCGUUGGGCUGGGGAUUACCCCCUAAAGAUAAACCCACAGGAGUGGUUUGUUUUAAAGACCUCAAAGCAGGGGCUUAUGGGGUGAACAGUGUUAUGAUUAAACAUUGGGCUACAUGUGAUGAUGGGCAUCUGGAUUGAAAUAUUGACCAGAUAUAGGUUAAUGCUUUCUCCCAGGACCUUUUGAGCCAUGCUAAUUUAGAUGGCCCGGCCAGUCAAUGUGGAGGUGGAUUGCUGCACCAAGGAAGACCUCACCAAAGUCAUGGCUAAAAUCCGCCCACUACGAGGCCUUUCGUUUAACAAGAACCGUAAGAUCUGGAGGCUGGUUCAUCCAAGGUAACCAACGCUCCUUUCUUUUUGGCCAGGGACAUGUUGUUUUCCAGUUACAGUCUUCAGUGAAUGUAAUCAGUAUGACCUCCAGGUAUGCGUCUUUCAUCACAGUCAGAAGAAAUCAACCAUGUCGGGCAGUCAGCACAGAGACCCUCCAAUCAUCCAGAUUAACCCACUGGAAGGUUAAGCGCACACUGCAAAGUCUAGAAAUCGAAUCCAUCUCAAAUCGAAGGUUGAGAAAAACUAAAAUACAAAGUUGAAAAAUGUUUAAAAAGGGAAAAUUACAUCCAGUCAUCUAUAAACGAUUCCUUAAGAUUUCAAAGGCAUCUUUUCCCUUAGUCUCAAGGGGGAAGGGCAUCCCGUCUCCUCUGAUGUUAACAUCUUCAUCCACUGCGCUCUUCUUUCUCCGAUUGUCUUCAAUUCUAUUCUCCUCUCUUAAUCGCGUCUUCUCAUCUUUUCUCCUGCUCUCUCUUUUCUCCCUUUUCCCUUGUCUAAUAGAAAGCAUCCCUGGAAGGCACCCUGGCUGACACACAGAGCCGCUACGCCAAUAUGAGGCCGGCUACCAGGGGCAGGUGACCAGCCGGGAGGACCGCUGGUCAUCUUCGCGCUGACCUGGACCGCCAGGGCCAACAGAAACAGAAUGCUACGGACAUCAAGACCAGGCUGGAAUGGAGAUCGCUGAGUACAGGAGCCGCUGGACGGAGAGUUUUCCAGGUUAGCCUGGAUCUUUACAUAAAUCAUUGAAAAGAAUGAAGGUCAUGAAAUGUGUGUGGCCAAAAAUAAUUGAGCCAAAGUGGGCCCUUUCUAACAAUAUUGUCUCUGCCUCCACAGUCCCUCAACCGCCACCACCACCAAGACCUUUUUGCAGAAGUGGUGACCUAUUGCAGAUUGUUGGGGUGGGGUGGUCAGCCCAACUCAGACCCCCCCCCCCCCCCCCCCCCCCCAAAUAUUUUUUUCAACUUUUCCAUGAAAGUUAGUGAACCUUUUACAGUGGGGGGGGGGGGGGGGGGGUUUUUUUUUUUUUUUUUUUUUUUCAACAGCAUUUUGCUACGCUGGCCAUGCUUUCCAUCUGGCUCCAUAACCCCCACCACUCUGCACCCUCUCUGCAAUUCCCUCCCCCCCCGCUUCUCCUCCAAAAUCAGACGCUGAUGUUUUGAAAGCGCUGCAAUCUGGACCCUACAACAGCUGGCUAGACAACUGGACCUUUCUUCCUAAAACUACCGCCAUUUCGCAACCCCGCUAUACUAUCUGUUAAACCUCUUCAUAACUCUGGAUCCCAAGUUGGAAGCUCCGCGGUCACCCCCUCUUCAAAGGGGUGACACUCUAAUCCAAACUGCUAAGACCUAUAUCAUCCUGCCCUGCCUUUCGAAGUAUCGAAGCAAGUUAAUAAACGAUCCGACCAUUUCGAAUACCCCGUACUUCUCCCUAGCAUCUGGUUUCCGAUGGUCAGGUGCACUCACACGCUCAGGUCCUAACGAUUUAAACGCGAUUGUAAUGACGAGUGCAGCCGUCUUCAUCGCCGGCCAAGGCUUUCGCUCUCACCACCGCAUUCUUUGCAGACUAAUACCUUGGUUUCUCAAUGCGCUCGCCGGGUUUCCCAACUACUUUCAGAUGAGUUCAGUGUGCAAUCGGGGCCUUUUCUGACCAUGGCGUCUCUAUGGGGUCCACGGUUCAUUCUUGGGCCGACACUUUCUCCGUGUAAUCAUAUGUCGCUGCUGCUGGUGACUCUCAAUCCACUCUACGAACGACACAUUUUGUAUCUCUGGCCUUCUUGGAACUGUUUAACAACCUCCAAACAGCUUAUGCCAUACAACAUCCUUCAGUAGCCUUCACUGCUCUUAAACACAUAAAACUAAAUCAUCUUUCAUCGAACGCUCUACACCCCCCCCCCGCAGAACACCACUUCGCGGGUCUGACUGAGUAGGGGCACUACAAUACCUGUUCUGGUUGCUGUAACUCACUUCCAGACUCACAUAAAAUCUCCAUCCAAAGUUAAAUCUAGGAUGCUUCCUAUUUCGCACAAGCUCCUUCACUCAUGCUCCCAACAGCCCCGUAAACGACUUCCUACGUCCUUGAUUCGGAUGCAUUUUAAAAAGCCUCCACACUCUCUCAGCAAUUGGAUGUAUCUAUCACAGGCCAUCCGUUUUGUCUCCAAGCCCCAUACACUCCACCCUGUGACCGUACGCCUUGUUGCUGUCCUCACUACAUGUUCUCGUCAAACCAGGCUCAGGCCACUAAAAUCACUGCUAGGCAAUCCCGCUUUUAGCUCAUUGGCCCAACCAUAGUUAUAAGCCUGCAUCGAGACUCUGUACUCCAUCUCCAAGUCGGCAGUCUAUCUUCGUCAUCGCGACCUCUCAAAUCCGUUGUAUCGAUCUCGCACACGGUCAAUCAUGCUGAUUGCACAUCCUCCUCUCAGUCCUUCCAAAAGGAGUCCGGUAACAUUCUCGCUCAGCUCUAUCUCACUCGUCUUUCAUCUUCCUGUCGCGUCCUUCUGAUUCUCGCUGGCUUCGUCUCUCGCCGCAUCUCUCUCGCUCUUAUGCACUCCUCUCAUCCUUUCAGCUCUCUCUCUCUUUCUCCCUUAUUCUUGUCUAAUAGAAAGCAUCCCUGGAAGGCACCCUGGCUGACACACAGAGCCGCUACGCCAAUAUGAUGGCCGGCUACCAGAGGCAGGUGACCAGCCUGAGGACCAGCUUGGUCAUCUUCGCGCUGACCUGGACCGCCAGGGCCAACAGUACAGAAUGCUACUGGACAUCAAGACCAGGCUGGAAUGGAGAUCGCUGAGUACAGGAGGCUGCUGGACGGAGAGUUUUCCAGGUUAGCCUGGAUCUUUACAUAAUCAUUGAAAAGAAUGAAGGUCAUGAAAUGUGUGUGCCAAAAAUAAUUGAGCCAAAGUAGGCCUUUCUAACAAUAUUGUCUCUGCCUCCACAGUCCCUCAACCGCCACCACCACCAAGACCUUUUUGCAGAAGGUGGUGACCUAUGUGCAGAUUGUUGACGGUGAGGUGGUCAGCACCAACUCAGACACUGUGCAAGAGACCGUGGAUGAGGAUACAUCUUGAAUUGGGAGCCACACAGAACAGAACACAAGCUCUCUGAUGCCUGCUGUCAAACUUGCUCAGAGAGAUUAAGAAAUAAAAGUGUUCCGAGGUGUUCAAACUACAUUUAUGUCUCUUGUGCUUUCUUUAUAUAUAUAUUUUUUUUUACAUCAAAACUGUUUCCUAUAAAGUAGUGACAAUUUUUGACAGCUGUGGUUGCCACAGAGAUGGUCACCAAUUCUAAAACGUUGUCACAAACACAACGUUUCUUCCCCUUGGUAAAUUCUUGCCAUUUACUAUUAUUAAAGGCCCAGUGCAGUUAAAAUAAGAUUUUCCUGUGUUUUAUCUAUAUUUCCACACUAUGUGUUUGGAAUAAUACUGUGAAAUUGUGAAAAUGAUUAUAAUGCCCUUUUAGUGUAAGAGCUGUUUGAAAAGGCUGCCUAAAAUUUCAGGAUGUUUUGGUGGGAUGGAGUUUUGGCCUGCCUGGUGACAUCACUAAUAAUUAGUUAUCAGAUCAUUAUACAAAGAUGGGUCUAAUCCUGAAUGCUGAUUGGUUAAAACUGCAUUCCAGCUAGUGUCUAUUCCACAAGUACCACCGGCUAAAUCUAUGACGUUACCACCGGCUAAAUCUGUUCCAUCUGACUGCACAAUCCACUGUCUCAUCAGCCCAGCCAAGCAAUUUAUAAACUUGAUCUCUACUAUAAAAAGCAUCUAGACAUUAUAUCACAUUUCUUUUAGACUAACAUUUAGUUUUCAACAGCGGAGAUUUGUAUAAACCUUGCAGUCUGUCUCUCCGAUAUUUAUAAAAUUGUUUCAAUAUUCAAAUUCAAUCUCCAGCUGUCCCCAUAGUAAUGAACGUGUCGGGAGUCGGGAUGAGACAGACAGGCAGGCAGCGUUUCUCACCCAGUCGAAAUCAUGAAUCAGCUGGCAUCAUUUUUAUGGAUAUAUACAAAGAAAUGUAAAUUGAAAAAGGUCAAACGAAACUAAGUGCAGCUAGUUUGCAGUCUUUCCAGCUUCAGUUUGAAGUGAUUGUGUUAGCUGUGUUGUUGGCUAGCUCCUCUGAACAACAGUGUCCUGAUGAGUGAGCACAUUUUCUAUGCCAGGUGAAAUCGCGCCUCAUUAGCUCAUUAUUAUAGAUGUGUCCAAAUAAAUGUCACUAGAAAACAGCUUAAACAAAUGCAAAUGCAGCUACUUUGCUGUUAUUCUGGCUGCAAUUUUUGAUGUGUCUGUAAGUUAGCCGUAGUUGGCUAGCUAGCAAGCAAGGGAUAAGAACAUUGCCAGCUAGCAUGCCAAUGGAACAUUUAGAACGAACGACUGGGUCGCAUCCAUAGAUACAGAACAAAAAUACUGAACGACUGGGUCACGUCUCUAGCAACCGAACCGAUAGAACGAACGACCAGCCGGCUUGGGUAGCAAGCCUAGAUUUGUGUUGGGACUAUAUCUUGUGGAAGGAUGAAAUAGUAUGAAUAAAUUAAAUCAAAAUAAUGUUUUUAAUGAAAAUGUGUCAAUCAUUAUUUGAAUAUGUCGGUAACCCGUUGUAUAAAAGUGACAAUGCCCUUGAAGCCGGUGUUUGUAGGAUAUAUUGGCAGAGUGAAGGAAAAGCAGCCAACAACUGCUCAGCAUAUGUGGGAACUCCUUCAAGACUGUUGGAAAAGCAUUCCAGGUGAAGCUGGUUGAGAGAAUGCCAAGAGUGUGCAAAGCUGUCAUCAAGGCAAAGGGUGGCUACUUUGAAGAAUCUAAAAUCUAAAAUAUAUUUUGAUUUGUUUAACACUUUUUGGUUACAUAGUGUUGAUGUCUUCACUAUUAUUCUACAAUGUAGAAAAUAGUAAAAAUAAAGAAAAACCCUUGAAUGAGUAGGUGUGUCCAAACUUUUGACUGGUACUGUAUAUCAAUCAUAAUAUUUUGUGAAUUAGGCCAUAAAUCAAUCAAUUCAUUUCUGUGAAAUCUCUUUUCAAUGAAGGGAUACAUUUUCUGUCUGCAAAAACAGUACUGAAAUUACCACAUUACAAUAUUCAUAAUACUAGUAUAUAUAUCUACAUAGAAACCUUUCCUUUUACGAUGUCCAUAAGAAAUUGGUGAUUGUUUGCAGGUGUACAGUCAACCGAUAACAAAUAUAUUUUGGAGCGGGUCACAGUAGACUGGCCAAGAGCAUUCUAACUUGAUAGUCUAGUAUGCAAAAUUAUCAAGCUUGGUGACAUUCCAUAUUUCAGUUACAAGGAAAUCUCUCACUGUAAUUGGUGGUCUCUCCCACUCUCUACAUUCUCAGUUUGAAGGGCUUCCCUGUGACCAGCACUUUACGAUGCUCAUGGCCAGGAGAAAAGAUUUGUAGAAAUCGUUGGUUACCAUAGUUGUUUAAGUUUGAUGUAUCAAUCUAUUUCUCUGCUACAAUCUUGAAUUUUCAGUCUUUCUUCAACAUGUUAUUUAGUAAAUAUCCAGUUGUGUAAAAUACUUAAGUAAAAAUACUUUGAAGUACCACUUAAGUACUUUUUUUGGGGUAUCUGUACUUCACUUUACUAUUUGUAUUUUUGUUUACUUUUUAUUUUACUCCACUACAUUUCUAAAGAAAAUGUACUUUUUACUCCAUACAUUUUCCCUGACACCCAAAAGUACUAAUUGUAUUUUGAAUGCUUAGCAGGACAGGAAGAUGGUCCAAUUCAUGUACUUAUCAAGAUAACAUCCCUGGUCAUCCCUACUGCCUCUGAUCUAGCGGACUCACUAAACACAAAUGGUUUGUUUGUAAAUUAUGUCUGAGUGUUGGAGUGUACCCCUGGCUAUCCGCAUUUAUUUAUUUUUAGUCAUCUGGUUUGCUUCAUAUAAUGAAUUUGAAAUGAUUUAUACUUUUACUUUUGAUACUUAAGUAUAUUUUUGCGAUUACAUUUACUUUUGAUACUUAAAUAUAUUUAAAACCAAAUACUUUUAGUAUUUUACUGGUUGACUUUCACUUUUACUUGAGUUAUUUUCUAUUAAGGUAUCUUUACUUUUACUCAAGUAUGACAAUUGGGUACUUAUUCCACCACUGUAUAUAAACAUUAGGCCUAGGGCUAUUUGUUGAGACUGGUAAAACAAGUACAAUAGAGUGCAGAUACUUAUAGUAUGUUCUUAUGUAUAUAUGUAAAGUAUGCAUGGUGUGUAUUCAGGGCUCUAAUUGCGACCAUUUUGUUAGCAUAUGCUCCUAAAUACAGUAUUUUGCUGUGCGACCUGGAAUUUUUAUUUGGGAGCACCAGUGCGCCUAGAAAAAAAAUUGCCCAGGUAAUAGUUGUAGUAAUUAUUAUGCUUCUCUGUACCGCAGCCUCCGAGUGACUGUUCAAGCUUUACCGUUCAAACUUUAUGACCAUAUUAUCAGCGCAACGUUUUUUUCUUUCUGUCUCGGAUUGACCGGACUGCAUUUUACAUAUAUAAAUCAUGUCGCGGCCGUUCUGAAACUACUUGCGGGCCACUAACUAUUUGUAAAUGACCUUGUGUCAUCAUGUUACAUCAUUAGCUAGAUAGCUAGCUAACAACCUGCCAACUUUACCAGUAGUAAGCAAACAUUUGGUGGCACAGAAAAUGGAUAUUUCUUCAAACUGUAUUUUAACGCGAUUAAUCUCACACCAGUGCUACCAAUGACAAAUGUUAAUUUAUAAUCCACUGUGUAUUUAACGUUCGUUGACUGUUUUAUACCGCAAAGUAUGACUUCUGUGUUACUUUUGCCAAAGAAAAUGUCCACAAUAGUCAUUCUAUAUGUGUUGCACACAAUGUAUGCGAUUCAAUGUUCUGCAGAAUUUGUAAUAAUUUGGAUUAAGUGCUGCUCCGUCAAUUCAAAAUAUUGUUAUAAUCAAUUAUGUGCACUGGAAUGGCUGUUAAGUAAACAGAAUACGUUGAUUAUAGUGUUUUAAGAACACAUUCAAGCUUCAUGUGCCUUUCUGAACAAUGUUCAGUACCAUCAAUAUUUCUUUAAAAAAUGAUCUAGAUCACUCAAGGGAGUAUUGCACAGAGCUGAAGGAGCAUUGUGAAGUGACCUUUGGGGGACAUUGGAGGCACUAAAGGGCACAAAAGGUGGACUGGUGGUCUCACAUUGCCACUUAACCUGUCUAUCAAGAGAAAGAUGUCCAGACUCACUCAGAUACAGUACAUCCCCCACAGGUGACAGAGUUAUCUGAUGGUAAGUAGCCUACUACCUGCACCAAACAGUAGUACCUGUUUGGCCAAAGAUGCAAGUCCUAAGAAAGUUAGGAUUUUGUGCGUGAAACAGGUUAGAAUUUAGAUUCCACAGAUCUUGUAUUGACUCUCCUCCCGCCCAGACCUGAUUAGUGAGCCUGUUAAUUUGUUUUGUUUUCGUUAGCUUUUGGCUAAGGGUGGAGUGAUUUCACUGCAUGUCAUCUAGGUAGAGCCCCCUCUCCUCUCCCUCAUUUCGUAGCAUAAAAAGGCCUGCGUCCAACGACUCCUCACUCACUCCUCUCUACUCAGACCAGACAGCAACUUCCGUCACCAUGACCUCCUUCUCCAGCAACAGCUUUGUGUCCUCUGGUGAAUCCAUAAAGGGAGCAUCUAUGGGCUCCUUUCGCCACAUGUCCAUGUCUAGGGGAGGUGGACACAUCAGCGCCAUGAGGGCCGGCAGCAUGUACGGGGGUGCCGGUGGGUCCGGGGUGCGCAUCUCCAGUGCCUCCAGCACCGUCUCUGCUGGCAGUGAGGCUGGUGGCAGCUCCGCUGUGAACGAGAAUAAGAAGGCCACCAUGCAGAACCUGAAUGAUCGUCUGGCCUCCUACCUGGACAAGGUCCGCUCCCUGGAGAAGGCAAACGCUGAUCUAGAGAUGAAGAUCCACCAGUUCCUGGAGAACAAAGCCACACCUGAGGCUCACGACUGCACUACCUUCAAAGUCGUCAUCAACAAACUCCAAAUCCAGGUAAGUCCACCAAACAACCUCUGCUAAACAGGUAGCUUCUAUUAAACAGAGUCAGACUGUGGUGAAGGGAAUGGUAGAGGGAAUGUAGAAGAGGUUUAGAAAAAUGGGCCUUAGUGUCAGUAUAAUGGUGUGAGCGUCAUCAUGCCCUCUGUGAUCCCUUUCGAUACAAAAUAAUAAGCAUUCAGAAAAGACUGUUGCUUGGAUACAUUGAUUUUUUAAAAAUCAAUUUGAAUAGUGUUCAUUGACAUCAAUGGAUAAACUUAAAGCCAUUUUAAACACAAAAUGAAGCACAAUGCUUACAUGCUUCCAACUCUGUUGGAACAGAACCCUCAGUAAGAUAAAAGCAGAGUGGGUAUUUUUGCAUCAACAGCCUUUCCUGUGUUUCCACUCACUCUGGGCCACAUCUUAAUUGGGGAGAACGGGCUCGUGUUAUGAGUGGAAUGGUAUCAAAUACAUCCAACACAUGGUUUCCACUGCCAUUAUUAUGAGCCGUUCUCCCCUCAGCAGCCUCCUGUGAUCCAAACAGAGUUUCCCUGAGGCCUAUAGACCUAGGCCUAUACUAAAAAGGCUUUAUUUGGUCAGGGAUGCUUAGAGAGCAAGCCUUAGGGCAGGGAUCGUUAACUGGCAGAUUUUAUUUGGCCCCCCCAAAGAGUCCGAUUAUUUUUCUUCGUUUUUGGACAUAAAAGACUGUAAAAUCUCUAGGAAUUUGCUCAUUUUAAUUUAGGAAAGCUAUUCUCAAGUAUUUCCCCUCAUAAAUAGAGAGACAUAGAGUAUGUGAUCAUGUACCAAUGUAAUCAAGGUUUGAAAGGAUUAUGUUUUUGUCAAAUACAAUAUCUGUUUGGGAUUCUUGCGUCAAUUUGCGGAGUAUAAAUGAUUUAUAAUUAUGUUCCAGCCCCCCGACCAUCCGCUCAAUAAAAAAAUCAGCCCUGCCUUAGGGGGUAACAUAUAGUUGGUUCUCAUUCUGUGUAGUUAAACUUUUGAAAAUUAUCCAAAUAAUACCAGGCACUGUAAAACAAGAAUGAAGACAGGCUACCCUGUUUUAUGUCAAAUUGAAUGUGUUCUCUGUUUUUGCAUCCCAUGCAACCCAUAUUAGCUGAUUGCAAAAUAGUUUAUGUUUCUUUCACAGUAGGUUUGUGCAACUCUCUGCACUGUUGGUAGCCGGAUUAAAUGAUUUGCCAAUUAUUCAACCAUUUAUCCCAACAUUUGUGAUUGGCAUUGUACCUGUCUUCUUUCUAUUCCAUUGUGACAGUGACAUUCCUCUGUGCCCCCUUUCAGCUCUUUGAUGCCACUCGUAUGAAUGGAGUAUUCUACAUGGCUAUUGACAAUGCUAAGCUGGCAGCAGAUGACUUUCAAGUCAAGUGAGUGUGAGAAUGACUGUGGUAGCUGUAUAUUACAUCAGCAAGUAUCCAUUAAUGCAACCUCUAUGAAAAUUGGAAAAAAGUGUGGUACAAAAAGUGUAGUACAAAUGUUGCCAAACAAAAGGCAAACUGUUGGUGUUUUGAUGUUACACAGGUAUGAGAAUGAGCUGGCUAUGACGCAAUGUGUGGAGGCUGAUAUUGCUGGGCUGAGGCAGGUGAGGGACGAGCUGACCAUUGGAGGAUCCAACCUAGAGAUGGCAGUUGAGGAGCUGAAGGAGGAGUUGGUCCACCUCAAGAAGAACCACAAGGAGGUGCGCCUGAAUGAUUGCACUAAGUACCAAGUUAUCAAAGCUUCUAAGCUAGGGGGAAAAAGGUUGACACUUGGUCUUCUGAUAUUUCUUCUUCAGGAGCUCAAGGCCCUCCGGGCGCAGGUGGGUAGUCAGACGGUCAACGUGGAGGUUGAUGCUGCACCACAGGAAGACCUCACCAAAGUCAUGGCUGAGAUCCGUCAGCACUACGAUGCCAUUGCUGCCAAGAACCACAAAGAACUGGAGUGCUGGUUUAAUGCAAAGGUAAUACCAGAUCUUUUACUUUUGACCAAUGACAUGAUAAUGUUUUUAACUAAUUAUUUCUAAUGUCUCUUCAGUGAAUUUGAUAGCUAAUUAUGCCCUUUAUGUCAUUUACAGACAGAAGAAAUCCAGAAAGCUGUCACCUGCAGCACCGAGACCGUCCAAUCAUCCCAAUCUGAAAUCACUGAAGUUAAACGCAUAAUGCAAAGUCUAGAAAUCGAACUCCAAUCCCAACUCAGCAUGGUGAGAUUAACUACAAACACCAAAUUGAGAAAAAGAUGUCCUCUGUAUUUACGUUUAUUAACCACCCAUCUUCUGCAGUAUGUCACAGCUCCUAUUCAUUUCUCUUUUCCCUAUUCUUGUCUAAUAGAAAGCAUCCCUGGAGGGCACCCUGGCUGACACACAGAACCGCUAUGCCAAUUUGCUAUCGAGUUAUCAGAUGCGGGUGACCAUCUUGGAGGGCCAUCUUGGUCAGAUACGUGGUGACUUGGAGCGCCAGGGCCAGGAAUACCAGAUGCUGCUGGACAUCAAGACCAGGCUGGAGAUGGAGAUCACUGAGUACAGGAGACUGCUGGACGGAGAAAUGACAAGCAGGUGAGCCUGGGAUUCUACACCUCAACCCGCACAAGUCUUCCAGAGCAUUCGAUUUAAUUGAAAUAAAGAUUGUAUGGCAAAAACUAUUGAGCCAAAGUAAGUCUACCUAAUGAUGUUGUCUCUGACCUUGCAGUGUCUCAACAGCCACCACAACGCGCAAGGUGGUGACUAUCGUCAUGGAAAGUGUUGACGGCAAGGUGAUCAGUGAGACCAAGACCAAGUGAGACACAUCUUGAAACGGGGACUUCACAGAACAGAACACCAUCCCUCUGAUGCCUGAUGUCAACCUUUCUCAGAAGCUGUGAUUCAAUUGGGUUGUGUAAACGUGUAUCUUGGAAUUGAUAUAAGCCCUCUGAUACCUUCAGAUAGAUUUGUCAAUAAAACAAAGCCCUACAUCUUUUGUUUUAUUUUUGUUUUGAUUUGACAACAAAAAAAAAAGACAGAAAAAAGCUAUCCAAAACAUAGUUGUGGCAAUUAGGCCAAGAUUGAUUAUAUUGCAGUUUUGGUUGAGUAGGCUGUAUCAUGAUCUCUAUUGAAACAAUAACAAUUAUUUUGUUCACAGACAAAGAAUAAUACAGUAUACCGUACUCUCCCCUAUAGAGUUAAGCUUUGCCAAACAGAUGAGCCUAGAUCCUAACAUAAUAUUCACUAACAUAAUUGAUCAAGUCACUUUCACUGAAAAAUGGCAAAGGCCUACACCAUAGGAGGCUGGUGGGAGGACCUAUGGCAGGAUGGGCUCAUUGUAAUGACUGGAAUGGAAUAUAUGGAACUGUAUCAAACAUAUAGAAACCACAUGUUUAUAGCUCCUCCCACCAGCCUCCUCUGGCCUACACACAGAGUAACAUUGCAUUUUUAAAUAAACUGCUGUUUUUUGCUCCCUACAUGAAGUGUCAUACUGUUUAAUCAGAGGCUGCCCUCUUAUGCCAUGUUAUAGUAAUGCAGUUCCAUCACUUCUAUGGCAGAGGGCUUCAAAUACAAAAGCCAUUUGACUUGUAGGAUAUGAAUGGGAUUCAGUUUUAUUAAUCUGGCAUGGAUAGUGUAACUUCCAGCUAAACAUUUUGUGGGGUGGUAGGCAGCCCAGCAGUUGUAGCCGAAAGGUCACCCAUUCAAAUCCCAGGCCAGGCGCUGGGAUAAAAGGGGGGAAAUUGAUCUGGCAACUGGAGGGCUGCUGGGUUCAUAUCCUAACAACAAUCCCCACAACAUGCUCUCCAUCCAGGGGUGCUGCACUGCAGCUUGACCCUGUGCUCCUCCCAACUGUGUGUCUGUAUGAUGUGUGUGGAGGGUUGAGAAUGCAGAGAGCAGAAUAUACAUUUCCGUUGUUUGCUGUGACUGCGGACAAUAAAGUUGUAUCGUAUUAUUUUAGGCCUUUUUCACACUAGCCUACUGAGUUAACGAGCUGUACUGCUCUGGCCUGAUUCUGAAACUCUGUGAAACUGUGACAGUCCGCUUUAGAGUAUAUUUCAAGAUUUGUUUCCAGAUUUCUAUGAAAUAUGACCUAUAAUUCAUUAGUGAAAUAGUUUUCUUUCCAAAUUUCUUUAAGUAUGUUCAAAAGCAGCUUUUCUGUGUUGGAAUGGUGUGGGCGUACCUCAGCAACAGAAUGGUGUGGGCGUAUAUACCGGUCCAUAAAAAUAUUCACGCGACUAGACCGCUGAUUGGCCAGCUCCUCUAUGAGGAAAUAGCAAGCAUUUUUUAAACGUCUGUUUGAGAUAAAAGUUUGAGGUUGAUUUCUUUAUAUAGUUUUUCUCCAAUUUAUGCUUUGGCCACAAAUACGAGUAAAGGAUGAGUCAACAACAUUAUUUGGGUAUGAGUUAACAGAAUAUUAACUUUUAAAAGUGAGAUUUUCACUGGACAGUUACUUUAAUGUGCAAUCUAGGCUCCAUGGGAGAGAGAGAAACAAUCAUUACAUUUACAUUUACAUUUUCGUCAUUUAGCAGACGCUCUUAUCCAGAGCGACUUACAAAUUGUGGUAUAUAACAAAUUACCAAAGUACAGAAGUCUCUAAUUACAACAAUGAGAAGAAUAACAGUGGCUAUUAAUACUUGCAGCCUGUAUUUGAGUUGGCUUACCACAGACACAUAGCUAGCCCCUUUCCAAUGCUCAGUCAAAGAGAUUGAAAAAUAAUUUGAGUUCACUCAGUUUGAUGGCUUUACUUUUUGAAAGAUAUGUGACAUUUACUUUUUAUUCUUAUGUUUGCUCUACGUCACGUACGUUUUCUCCUCAAGUCUGGGUUUAAUUUAGCUUAGCAAGCCUAAUUUAUUAAAUGUUUCUUAGAAGAAGAUAACUAGUAGUAGCUAGUAUGAAAGGACCAUACAACAUGGCAAAACAGGUAAUAUGACUAGAGUUUGCUACCUAGCUACCUAAAUUAGCUAACUUUAGCUUUCACUGAACUGCAGUUUUAGUGUGGUGCCCUUCAACUGUUAUGAUGUUUGAACUGAACCACAGAAGUUUGAACUGAACCACAGCACUCGCAGUGCACACAGCUUCAAGUGAGCCAAUUAGAGUUUGACUUGUCGGCUAACUCCAGGGUGGGCCCUGGCCCCUGGGAUAAAGGGAUUGUUCACACAAAUUACAAAAUGACACAUUGGUUUCUUUACUUUGUAAGCAGUCUGUGGACAAGGUAUGACAACAAUCCAUGCUUUGGUUUAGUUUCCCUGGCACUGUUUCCAAAUGCUAACAUUUUAGCAAAUGUGUCAAUAAUCCCAUUCAAGUCAUGGUACUGAUAUUAGCAUUUUUCACACAUCAUGUUCAAAUAAUCUAUAAGUGACUUUGUUGAGCUUCACAGUCAAAUGUAGAUACUUUCAGAUGCCAAAACCAUCACAAAACCAGCCUUUUCUUGUUCCUCAUCCUCAUCUCACCACUGCCUCCUCAUACAUUUGUCACUGAAACUUUAAUUGAUAAAAGGAAAUCACCUUAAAUAUGCAUAACAAGUGACAUCACACUUCAGAGACUUUAGCAAAGAGGAUAGGAAGUAGGAAGAUAGGCAGAAACUGCUUCUCUAAUAGAAAUCCUGUGCAUGUGCAGGCCGUCAAAUCAAAGGCACUCCUUCGAUAUAGUUGUUUUUGACGAAAAUUUUAAUGUGUCAGUUUGUCACUUUCACGAGGUUGGAGUAGUUCAGCUACAUAAGACAUUGGCUCAAAUCUAGAUUGUGCUUUUAGAUUUCGAGAAAAUUAACAACUUCCCAAACCCCAAAUUAUUCUGCAGCGUGAAGCGUUCCCGGAAGUGUAGCAAUGUUGGGCCUAUGGGUUUAGGAACUCUGUGACUUUAGCAUAAAAAUGUCAAUAGCCAAUAUGUUGUGCACCUUCAAGGGGAAUGAGGCCAUCUAUGACACUAGGGGGCAUCAGUGAGAAAUAUCAGAGGUGUUGUCAGUCAGUGGAGAGGAAUCUACAGUAGAAUGACCCCACACCGAUUCAGUAGCAGCACUGCAGCACAACAUUGUGCCAACAUAACAUAUACACAUAAUAAAGAUCUACAGAGAUGUCAGGAAAGGGUUAAUGGGUAUUAGCUUACUGACAUACUUUUUAUUUUGAGAUUGAAUACAUUGGGAUAAAACAUUAGGCUAAUCUUCAUUUAAGGAUUGUAUACUACUCCCCCAUUGCAGAUAGAGUCAAAAUGAUAUAGAUUGCAAUAAUCCAAAAAUAAUACGUUAUAUAAAAAAACAUUGACUGCUUUUUGGACACAUUUUGUUUCCAAAUGUUGUCAGUUUGAUGUCAAUGAACUCUGCAGGGCAUUGAGAUACUGUAUGUUAGUGUCAUAAGUGAAACUUAGUUAUGAAGUUGUAGAAACUGGUUUGUCACCUCUGUCAACAUGAUUGCUCAGGAAAAAUGUUUUCUCUGUAGUAUUAUACACUGUUACGAGUUCAGCGGUUGGCAUUCUUUGAAUAGACAGCUCAUACAUGCUUGUGUUGCUUUUCUUCAUCCUACUUUGAUGAAUGAUACAAAAGCUCUAAAAAGGGUGUGUGAUGUUUUUGGCUUCAAGUUAGCAUCAGCUCUGUUUCAUGGGAACAAACCCAUGAAGUUUCACUUGUUGGUUGAAAACUACGAUUUUUUCAGAUAUGGUGCUUGUGUAGUUGAGGUAUUGCAUAAGGUAGAAACAAUCUUUGUAAUCUUGAGCAUUUCAAUACAAUAGACAUCAUCAGAGUUCUCACUCGACUCCAGAAAGUCCUGAAAUGUGAGGAAAUUUGUGUUUUUUAAAAUUAAGUUCAGGCAACCUUCCAGAACCUUACACUCUAACCAUAAUUAAAAAAUCACAGUAAACUCUAAUAAGGACCUGCUGUAAACUGUUCUAAGAAGCCUUUUAUAGCUUUAACCUUUGUGAACAAGAUAUUUCUUGCAACUGAUUGUCUUUUCACGGUUUUGUUUCCUGAGAGAGGUGAUCUCACCCUUUCUCACUUUGGCUAUAAUAUUAAUUCUGCUACAAACAUAAACAUUUUAAAUAGGAAUUCCAAACUCCAAUCUGCACUCUUGUGGUUUUGCAUCCAAGAUAAUCAAUAUUCAAAUUCGUUAGCCAACAACACAGAAUACAUUUCUAUCGGCCUAACUUUCAAAAAGUGUUUUUGAAAUCCCGUCUACUAUACACUCCUUUAUAGUGUAAAGCAAUGUUUAACACGUCAACCAAUUCAGUGUACUCUACAAAAAAAAUAAAAUAAUAAUAUUCACAGGACUUUGGAUUGUGUCAAGUUCAUUACAAUAGAUAUGAUUUGGUGGUCCUCUGUAGCUCAGCUGGUAGAGCACGGCGCUUGUAACGCCAAGGUAGUGGGUUUGAACCCCGGGACCACCCAUACACAAAAAAAUAAAAUGUAUGCAUGCAUGACUGUAAGUCGCUUCGGAUAAAAGUGUCUGCUAAAUGGCAUAUUAUUAGUAUUAUUUGGAAACAAUAUAUGAUUGAUUUGUUAUGUAGGUGGAGUUCUCACAUACAGUAAUGUGUCAUCGUUGUCUCACCCUAGUAUUAGUCUAAAGAGCAAGUAAGGCCUCAAUGCUGUCAGGUCAUCAUAACUACCAGAGCUACAGUUAGGGAUUACUUUCAAAUGUCAUCUGUUUCUCAACAGUCAUAAAUUAUAAUUCUAUGACUUGUUUGCAUUGGUGACCUUCAAUGAAAAAAACUGUCUAAAAUCAACAAUUACUUUUGUAGGCUGAACUGGUUUGAAUCUUAACUACUUUGGAAUGCAUGCCUGGUGUGCCCUUUUAUAGUAUGUAAUUAUUGUAUUGAGUUCCAAGUGUUGUCUAUAUCCUCCUCUCAUAGCAUAAAAGGAGCUUGGACCAACUGCUCUGCACUCACUUCUCUCCAGCCAGAGCAGUAAGACAUCAGCAGACUCCAUCAACAUGUCCUUCUCCAGCAGCAGCUUCAGAUCAUCCUCAGGUGGAUCCAUGAGGGGCUCAUCUAUGGGAUCCUCACGUAUGUCCAUGUCUGGAGGUGGUGGCAUGUCCAUGUCUGGUGGUGGCAGCCGCAUCAGUGGCAGCGUGUACGGGGGUGCUGGUGGCUCUGGGGUGCGCAUCUCCAGUGCCAGAGCCUCCAAGUCCUUCUCUGCUGGUGGUGCUGGCUUCGGUGGAGGCUCCAGCUUCAGUAUGUCUGGUGGCGGAAGUGACAGCCAUGUCAUCGGCAACGAGAAGUUCUGCAUGCAGAACCUGAACGACCGUCUGGCCACCUACCUGGCCAAAGUCCACACCCUGGAGAAGGCCAACGCUGAGCUGGAGCUGAAGAUCCGCCAGUUCCUCGAGGCCAAGACCUCCCCCACUGCUCGCGACUAUGGCUCAUUCCAUGUCAUCAUCAGUGACCUCCAAUCCAAGGUAGGCUAUUGUAUGCCAGCAUUGUUACACUUUUAUUUCAUGCCACAUAUUGAAAAACUUGCACUAAGUAUUUUAUUUUAAAUUUAAAACAACAACAAAAAGUCUUAAUUUUCUUUUCAGAUGCAGGAAGCCAUCCGUAUGAAUGGUGCAGUCCAUCUCAGCAUUGACAAUGCCAGGCUUGCCGCUGAAGACUUCAGAAGGAAGUGAGUUCACUCACCAAAUGCCAAAUAUUUUGUCCACUCACUCAGACAAAUAUUAUGACUCAAUACCAGAAAAGUGACCGACUGAUUCCAGUCUAGUGUACAAAUAAAAAUAUUGAUGCCAUCUGUCAUGUAAAAAAGCUCACACUGUGAAAUAGCUCACAAUCGUUGAUUAUGAUCGACUGUGAGCUUUUUUUACAUGACACCGUCAACCUAACAGACUGACAGAGCAAGUUAAGACACACUGGUACACUGUAAAUAAUGUCAUGCUUUAUGAUGUAGGUAUGAGAUCGAACUGUCCAUGUGUCAGUCAGUGGAAGCAGACAUCGCUGGGCUGAGGAGAGUUCUGGAAGAGCUGAAUAUGUCCAAGAAGGACCUGAGCAUGCAGAUCGAGGGGCUGAGAGAGGAGUUGGUCUUCCUCAAGAAAAACCACGAGGAGGUAGGGUUUUCUUUUCCUUUUUCUGAUUCCCAUACUAGCCUAUCUAUAGUGUCUUGCUCUUAAAAUAACAGAUCCAGCCAGGCAAUACUGUACAACAUUUUAGUGAGCAAGAAAUACAUCAUAAUCUAUGUAUUUAAAUCUAGAAACACUUGAACAAAUCCAGAACCACUUUCUGAACCAUGACGAUGACCUAGAGACCUAAACCCGUUUCAUUGUCCUUCUUCAGGAGCUGUUGUCCAUGCGUGCCCAAAUGAGCGGCCAGGUCCAAGUGGAGGUGGACGCUGCACCACAGGAAGACCUCAGCAAAGUCAUGGCUGAGAUUCGCGAACACUACGAGGCUGUUGCUGCCAAGAACAACAGAGAUCUGGAGGGCUGGUUCCACGCCAAGGUAAUCCUGUUUCUCAUUAUAAAAAUGAUUCCAUAAUGUAGGUCCACGUUAUUCAAAAUGUCCCAUCAAUUGAAUUGUUCACGUAAAAACAUUGUUUUGGAUGGUGUUGUCCACAGACCGAGGCGCUUAACAAGGAGGUCGCAAUUAGCACAGAAGUUAUCCAAACAUCCAGAUCUGAAAUUUCAGAAGUCAAACGCACACUGCAGAGUCUUGAAAUCGAACUUCAAUCACAAAUGAGCAUGGUAAGACUGUUCAAAAAUCAUGAAAAUAUAUUCAUUUUGUUUCAAUGUCUGCCACCCAUCGAUGAAUUUGCUCAACUGAUUCCUGAGGUUUUGUUCUGCUCUUCACUUCUCUCCAAUAGAAAUCAUCCAUGGAAAAUACCCUUGCAGAGACAAAGAACCGUUUCUCCAUGCAGCUGUCGGGUUAUCAGAUGCAGGUGACCAGCUUGGAGAAACAGUUGGUAAAUCUCAGGGCUGACUUGGAACGCCAGGGCCAGGAAUACAAGAUGCUGCUGGACAUCAAGACCAGGCUGGAGAUGGAAAUCGCUGAGUACAGGAGACUGCUGGACGGAGAGAUGACAAGCAGGUGAGCCAAACAAGCCUAUUCUAUUAGUUCAUCAAAUUAUAUUCUUAAACUAUCAAGGGUGUUUUGAUUCUAAACUUUGAGCAGGUUCUAGGCUAGGCUCACUGACUUUCUUAAUAGCAAAACAGUUUGUACACUACCAGUAGAAUUAUGUCCAAAAUCUGCAAGGUCAAGACAUAUUGUGUUUGGUACAGUCGAUUAUGGUGUUUUCUGUUUGGUCCACAGUGUCUCCUCCUCCUCCUCCUCCUCCACCAGCACCAGGAAGGUCAUCACUGUGAUAGAAGAGGUGGUGGAUGGGAAAGUGGUCUCCUCCAAGCAAUCCUCAGCUUCUUCAUAUGCACGCCAC